CAUGUCACUGCUCACUCAACAUGGUCCACAAAAAGAUUGACCACCAGUUCGCUUUUAAAGAAUUAGAAUAUGAGACAGAAGAGAACUAUCAACCAUGCAUCAAGCUUUCUUUCUUCUUCAGCAAGCUUCCACACGUCUCAUAUGAGCACUUUCACAAACACUACGCUCAUGUACAUGCCGACUUGACCGUAGCCUCAAAGAAUUUCAACGUGUGCAAAAUUCAAAGAUAUGUACAGACGCAUCAAACGCCCGAGAUGAAAGAAAAGGUCAAGUCACUAGGAAUGGACCUACUUGACUACGACGGAUGCUCUCAGAUAUGGGUCAAGUCGUGGGAUGAUUGGGAGAAGUUCUUCACAAGUCCAGAGUACGCCGCAGCCUUGGGCCCUGACUGUGCUAACUUCAUGGACACCUCGAAUGGAAUCAAGGUUAUGGCCGGGACCGAUCUCAUCGUGUUCGGGAAAGCUAUUCCUGACUGUGAUGCCAAGGAUGGACUCGCUAGCACUUGAACGACGUUGAUCCUUCAGAACACUGUUAUCAUCAGCGAUGAUAAACCCAACCAGCUGGCCUUGCCUUGGACAAGUAGAUCUAAUGAACCACUUCAUAUUGAGUCCAACCUUUAGGGCGUUGCUCAUCCCUCAAAACUGGAGAACCGUAUCUCAAUUUAAGACAAGAAUUGCAAGCG